AGCUUGUCUAAACAAGAUUUCUACAAACAGCCCAGAAAAGUGUCUGUAGUCAGUAUCAGCGGAUUAAAAACACCUAAAUAUGAGGAUGAGACCAGCUUUUCAGUGCUUGCUGUUGUUUAUAUGGCACGAGUGUCUGCUCACCGCUGUAACCUCGGCAAAUGUGUGCAAUCGGCCUCCUGAGGAGAAUGGCUCAGAGCUGAGUGGAGGACAGUUAUUUUUCGAGCCAGGGACAGAGGUUACACUGUCAUGCAGCCAGGGUUACUCAAGUGCCGGGGGGUCACGUAAAAUAAUCUGCAGAAGUAAUGGAGAGUGGACCAAACGCGAGCUGAAGUGCAACCCAAAGCGAUGUCCGGUUCCAGAAUCACCGCAAAACGGAAAAGCAGACUUUGAAGGAAUUGUUUAUCAAAACGUCAUCACGUAUUCCUGCUUGGAGGGAUACAUACUGGUUGGAGCCAGUCAAAGCAAAUGCUUACACACGGGCCAGUGGAGUGAGCAUCUACCACAGUGUGAACCUGUUGUUUGUGAUCUUCCGGUUAUUCCACCUUACGCCAAAAUCGUAUAUGACAGAGAGUUCAGCGAGGACACCAUAGAGUUUGGUUUUGGAGGAACCUAUGAGUGUUUGCCUCCCUUUGUUCUCUUUGGUGAGAAAAGAGCCACGUGCACUGCCAACGGAACAUGGAGCGAACCACCAGAGUGCAAGCUAGUAACAUGUCCCCAGCCCACAGUAAUAGAGAAUGGAUUUCUGUCAUUCGCUGAGAUUCGAGAGCAUGGGUAUAUGGAAAAAGUCAAGUACGGCUGUAACCACCCCUAUGUCCUCGAAGGACCAGUGGAGGCUGAAUGUAAAGAAACUGGCUUAUGGUCCGGAAUUCCUGCAUGUAGAGCUCCUUGUAAGGUUAAUAUAAAAAAGGGACGCAUUAUGUACAAAGGUAUAAAGAUUUGGAUUGAGGACUUCAAGCCCAACCUGGUGUUGCACUCAGAGUCUGUCACUGUCUACUGUCUGAAUGAGGAGAGAAAAUGCGGCUAUCCUGUGACAAUGCAGUGUAACGACAGACACAUGCCGAUUCCCAACUGUUACAAAGAACCUGGUUAUUUCAAAUACAACACGAAUUCAGGCUCUCUGCCAUCUGAGAUCGAGCAGUGCAACUGAUCACUGCAAGCUGGGACACGGAAAGGAUGAACAGAAAAGGACACGUUGACGUCUGAUUGAAGAAAAACAACAGUUCUUGCUUCCAGGCUUGUAAUAUUAUGACUGAUCAAGACAUUUAAAAAAUAUAAGAUCAUUUUAAUUUUUUUAUUAAAAAAAGAGUUUUUGCAUUUAAUAAUAAUAAUAAUAAUCUAUUUUGGAUUUAUUAUAUUUAAAUAAGGGGGGGCACAGUGGCUUAGUGGUUAGCACGUUCGCCUCACACCUCCAGGGUUGGGGGUUCGAUUCCCGCCUCCGCCUUUUGUGUGUGGAGUUUGCAUGUUCUCCCCGUGCCUCGGGGGUUUCCUCCGGGUACUCCGGUUUCCUCCCCCGGUCCAAAGACAUGCAUGGUAGGUUGAUUGGCAUCUCUGGAAAAAUUGUCCAUAGUGUGUGAUUGCGUGAGUGUGUGUGUGCCCUGCGAUGGGUUGGCACUCCGUCCAGGGUGUAUCCUGCCUUGAUGCCCGAUGAUGUCUGAGAUAGGCACAGGCUCCCCGUGACCCGAGGUAGUUCGGAUAAGCCGUAGAAGAUGAAUGAAUGAAUGAAUGAAUGAAUGACUAUUUAAAUAAAAACAAAAACACAGAGACUAUUUUGUCUUUUGGACUUUCCACAACACUAAAAGGGCAAAAGUACAAUUUAGAUGCCCUUAUCAGAGUGACUUACAUUUUUAUCCCAUUCUUUUUAUACAACCAAGCAAUUUAGGGUUAAGGGCCUUACUCAGGGGCCCAGCAGUGGCAACCUGAUGGACCUGGGAAUUGACCUCACAACCUUUGAAUUGAUAAUAAAGUACCUUAACCACUAGGCUACCAACUCCAACUAUAAUAUAUAUAUAAUAAUAAUAAUUAUUAUUAUUAUUAUUAUUAUUAUUGUUGUUGUUGUUGUUAUUGUUGUUAUUAUUAAUGUUGUUGGCAAAGGAAUAAACACUUAUAAUAAACACAAUACUGAAAAACA